AUGCUGGGUGUCGGGGGGUCGGACUGGUCCGCAGCCCGGAGGGAGCCGUCCGCGGGGAGCGUGGGUGUGGGGCAGGCUGAGCGGGGAUCCCCCAGGCACCCCCGUCCUUAUCUCCAGGGUUGCUUGCCGGUGCUUUGCGGGCUGGAGGUUUUCCUGGGGUUUGGAGAUGGGUCUCAGCUGGGAGGGGGCUCUGCAAGGCCAAAUUCCUCCCCGGUAGCACCAGCCACGGGGCGAGGGCAUGAGCAGAGACUAGACGGGGGUUCUCUUCCAUGCGUUGUGGGGGAGUGGAGUCAUUGGAGUGGCUGUGCAGAACAAUGUCAACCCGAUCUGCGGAUACGUAGGCGCUAUGUACAACAGGAACCUAAAAAUGGUGGGGAACCGUGUCCUGCUCUAGAGGAGAAGGCUGGCUGCCUGGAAUACCUGACUUACCAGGGAGAGAACUGCGGCUAUGAACAUGUCCCUGCUUUCAUAACUACCUCUGAAUACAGCAAAGAAAGGAAACGACGAGCAGCAUCUUCUCUCUGGCCUUCAGACAAAGAAGCAGCUGGAUAUUGUGUGGAAUUUAAAACAGAAUCUCUUUCACACCACUGUGCUUUGGAGAAUCGCCCGUACGCUCGAUGGAUGCAGUACCUACGAGAAGGUCAUACUGUGUGUGUAGUUUGCCAGCCUCCAGCUAUGAAUACUGACACGCAUCGUUGUUCUGGAGAUGGCCAUAAUGCAGAUGGAGGUAAAAUCUUACACUGGGAAGCAGUUGGCAACUCUCAGUGCCAAGGAACUUGGAAGAAGAUUCGGCAACUGGAGCACUGUUCAUGUCCCCUUGUACAUAGCUUUAUUUUUACAUAA